AUGGAAACUGCUUGCUAUACGAAUAUGUUAUCAAAAUGUGGUGAAAAAAUUGUUCAAGCAUCAAUAAUACAUACUGCACCCGGAUGUAAAAGUAUGAUUGAUUCGGACAAUGAAGAAGAUAUCGAACUACAACUGCAUCGCAAUCUUAGUUGUUCAUCAAGGAAUUCAGGUCGAGAAGAAGAAUGGCAAGCUGCUGGUUCAUCAUCUUGGAGAAAUGCGCAACUUGGAAUUUCCAUUAAUAGCACUACUUCACCUAUGGAUUCUAAAGUUAUAUUUGAAUUCAGAAAAUCAACGAAAUCAGUGGUAUAUGAUCGUCCGAUGCGUUGUAUUGCAAUGAGCGAUAUGCUUCUUCAACGAAUUACUUCUAGCUUAACUAAAAUUCCACAGAAAUUUUCGGAAAAUUUCUAA